AUGCAGAUUCAAAAACUCUGUUUUCUUGCUUUGUUCUUAGCUAACGCAGUUUUCGCUGUCAAAUUCAACUUUGACACUUUCGAUGGAAACAACUUGUUGUUCCUCGGAGACGCAGAGCUCGGUCCUUCCUCCGAUGGUGUAAGCCGAUCCGGAGCUUUAUCCAUGACCCGAGACGAAAACCCAUUCUCUCACGGUCAAGGUCUAUACAUCAAUCCAAUCAAAUUCAAGUCUUCAAACACUUCUUCUCCUUACUCAUUCCGAACCUCUUUCACUUUCUCAAUCACUCCUCGUACCAANCCANANUCCGGUCAAGGCCUAGCCUUUAUCAUCGUCCCGACCGCCGAUAACUCUGGCGCUUCCGGCGGUGGUUUCCUCGGAAUCCUCAACAAAACCAACAAUGACAAACCAGAAAACAACAUCAUGUUUAUUGAAUUCGACACUUUCCAGAACAAAGAGUUUGGAGACAUUAGUGGUAACCAUGUAGGAACCAACUUCAACUCUCUUACUUCAAAUGUAGCUGAGAAAGCUGGUUAUUGGGUUCAGACAAGAGUCGGUAAAAUGAAAGUUUGGUCUUUUAAAGAUGUGAACUUGAGGAGUGGAGAGAAGUUUAAGGCUUGGGUUGAGUUUAGAAAUAGAGACUCGAUGAUGACUAUUACGUUAGCUCCUGAAAACGUUAAGAAACCUAAGAGACCUUUGAUCCAAGGACCGAGAGAGCUCAAUGAUGUUCUUCUUCAAAACAUGUAUGCUGGUUUUGCUGGUGCCAUGGGACGUGGUGUUGAGCGUCACGACAUUUGGAGCUGGUCGUUUGAAAACGACGACUAG